AUGGCGGAGAGGGUGGCGAGGCUGUCGUCGCAGCGGGCGGUGGUGAUCUUCGCGGCGAGCAACUGCUUCAUGUGCCACGCCGUGAAGACGCUCUUCUCCGACCUCGGCGUGAGCUGGGCGGUGCACGAGGUGGACAAGGACCCCAACGGGAAGGACGUCGAGGGGGCGCUCGCCCGCAUGGUCGGCCGCACGCCGCCGGUGCCGGCCGUCUUCAUCGGCGGCAAGCUCGUCGGCCCCACCGACCAGGUCAUGUCGCUGCACCUCGCCGGCAAGCUCGUCCCGCUCCUCCGUGAAGCCGGCGCCCUCUGGCUCUGA